AUGAUAGAUAAGACAAAAUACAAUUCAUGUGAGGAAGAAGAAGAAGAAGAUGAAGAAGGGGAAGAGGGAGAGAAAGCGGAAGAGGGAGACGAAAGGAUUAAUAAAAACCAACCAAUCACAAGUGACAUGUGCGAAAUUCUCUCCUCAGAUGACAAUAAUGACCAAUGUGAAGAAGACACUGAUAACUUCAUAAUAGUAGAACUUAUUUCAUACAUUUGUGGAAAUUCAAAAAUUAUUACAUACUACCCAAGUACCAAUAGUAACAAUUCUGGGCAAAACAAGUAUCUCUACCACUUUUAUCGCAAAAAAAAAGUCAAAUUAUAUUUAUGUAUGCAUAAAAAAAAUAAUGAAAUAUACAUCUACCAAGUUCAAUCCAAAUAUGUCAAAAAGGGAGAAAAUACAACUAACACUUCUACUCACACAGGAAGUGACGCACACAUUGACAACAAUAAUCACGGGGAGAUCCAAAGCAACGAUAGAGCAAACAUAUGUGAACACACACACGUGGAUUGUAUCAAGGUUAAAAGUGAAGUUCCAAUUGAUGAAGCAAAAACUGUCAGUAAGGAAUUAAAAAAUGGCAUCAAGCAAUUCACCUCAUUCAUCAAGGAAGAAAUAACUGAUAGAUGUAAAUCUUGUCAACAUGAAAUCAAAAUGGAAGAUGGAUCCAGUACAAAAUCUGGCACUAAAGUGGGUACUAAAGUGGACAACAACGCAAGUGCAAAUGUUUCGAAAAAAAUUUUCAUCACCAAAUUGUUCGACAGCAUAAACUGCAGCUAUGACAUAUCAACCAUCGAAUUCACAAAACUAAAGAAGACGGAUGACAAAACUUUAAAUUCCUUAAAAAACAUUCUAAAGCAGAAAAUUAACAAAAGCUCCAAAGGAUUCAUCAGUGCAAAACACACACAAUUAGGAACGCAUGAGGAUAUCACUCAAAAUUUCCAAAACGGAAGUAGCAUCAACAAUGAUGGUAUUCUUCUUCGCAACAACAUUCCAUAUAAUGACAAUACAUGCGUGCGCGAAAAAGAUAUGACUCGUUCAGGCGAUAGUGGCAACAUGCAUGGCAGCCAUAAUGACAAAGCGAAUGGAAACGAGAAUGGAAACGAGAAUGGAAACGAGAAUGACAACGAGAAUGAUAACGAGAAUGAUAACGAGAGUGGCAACUCUCAUGACAGCGAGAAUGACAACACGCAUGAAAACGAAAUUAAAAUCUUAUAUCUUCACUUUCGAGAACCAGCGGAUAUAUUUAUGAACCAAUUUACCACAUUCGACCAAGGCAAUGAAGAGAACUUCACAAAACAGAUAUCCGGAUUUUUAAAAGACGAACGACACCAGCACAUCGAGAGGGAAUACUCAAAAAUCAAAAAAAAAAAUAAAUACACAUCAGAGAUAAGAAAAAGCAAAAUAGAUAAAUUACCACAGACAUUCCUAGAAAAUUAUGAAAGUGACGUAAGCAUAUGUAGCAAUGAUCUGUACUUCAGCGAUAUGGAAGUUGUGACUAGAGAAAAUGAACUCUAUAUAAAAGAAAAUAAAAAAAAGAAUGUCCAUUUGUUUACAAGAAACAAUUUAAAAAUUAAAUGGCUCCUACUGAAUUUAAAUUUAAAAAAGGAUGAAGAAAUUGUUAUACAAAAAUAUGUACUAUUGAAAAAGGCAAAAAUUGAUAAAAUAUCAAACUCUACUUUUCACACAAACAAUGUAUAUUCUACAUUUACUAAAAGUCGAAGAAAAGAAAUUUUUGAAAAAAAGAAAAAUACAACACAACAACAACACUCCUUCAAGGAUAGGGAAAUUUGCAUGGUGCAAUCAUAUAACACCAGUAAUUAUCACAGGAAUAUCGUCUAUCAAGACCCCAACAGAAUUCGCUGCAAUAGUUUAACUGAUUACGAACCCAAUCACACAAAUGAAACCAAUAAUAGAGAUCAUAACUUGAACCAUCCAAAUGAUACAUGUCAUAUCGAUUGCUCAUUGAAAGAAAAAACAAAGAAUGAUGAUGAAAAAUUAAUAUUCCAUUUUGAGUUGGAAAAUAAUAGAAUAAAAACACGCCAAGAUAAUCUUGAAGAACAAGAAAUUGUGAUUAAGAACAACAAAACGAUAUGCAAAGAGGUACAGAAGAGAAAACUUUCCUCUGAGUGUAUUAGUUCAUCUGAAAAUGAAAAAAGUAUAUGUUACAAAGAAGAGAGAAAUGCGAGAAACAUUUGCCAUGAUGUUCUUGUCAACACUUGCAACGAGGGUGUCAAUGAUGGGGUUAGCACGCACAACAUGUAUGGUGAAACGGACGUAAAAGCAAGCAUUGCGGAUACUGUUUCAAGCACUAAGCAUGUUGUUGCAGCUAUUUCUAGCACCUCUGCUAACUUUUCAGACACCGGUGCAAUCAUUUCUAGCAUCUGUGCCAACUUCUCGAACACCUCUGCAAACAAUUCAGAUGCCGAUGUUAAACCAAACACAAGCACAUGUAACCAAACGGAAGAUGUAGCUAGCGAAUUUUUUCCAAGCGCUAGAACCUCCAGGGAUGAAUCGAUCUGCAUGCAAGACAAUGUGAACACAUGUCAAAAUCCAUGUCAUUCAUCGAAAACAUGUUCUUCCUAUUCGCGCGUGGAAAAAUAUUCACAAGAAUUUUUUUUAGUGUCUAGUGAUAGCCAUGGCAACGAGGAAGAGUUAAAGAAUGACAAGAAAAGAAAAAUCGAUAAAGUUGAAAACGUGGAAAUUAUUCAAAAUAGAAACAAAAAAGUUACGCAUGGAAUAUUAGAUAAGGAGCAAGACUAUGAAUCAUUUCUAGAUGUGAGAAAUAGCGAAUGUGAAUUGAUUGCUUCUGAGGCAAAAGUAUCAAAUGAUGGAGUUAGAUUUAACCAUGCAGCAUCUGAUUGUGUUCCAAAUGAUGGAACACAUGGUACAGAUGGCACAGAAGAUGCCAAAAAUGAGGCCAAAAAAUAUGGAAAAAAUGAUGCCAAAAAUGAUGCCAAAAAUGAUGCCAAAAAUAAUGACAAAAAUGAUGCCAAAAAUGAUGCCAAAAGUGAUGCCAAAAGUGAUGCCAAAAGUGAUGCCAAAAGUGAUACCACAAAUAAUUGCCACGCGAAUGGAUCAAAAGAAACCCACUUCAGUGACUCCAAUGUGUGCUACAUCACAGACACCGAUUCACAGUAUAAACAACAUGUCACAUCAGUAGAUGACAUAAUACCAGAGGACAAGCAGAAGGGACACACGAGAGAACAGAAAAAUUGCAUAAGUGAGCAAAGCAAUGAAAAUCGAAUCAAUUCUUGUGGAAAUAGCUGUUUCGUUAAGAACAAAGUACUCACUAGCAAGGAAAAGAGUAGUGAUAAAAAUGACCAUGACAACAUAAAUUACAAGACAGAUGAAUGUUCAAAUGCAAAUGCAUCAUCUGAAGGAAUAGAAAUGAACAAAGAAAAAAGUGCCUUGUUUCUUAAACACAAAGUAAAGAACAUCUUUGAUAUUAUAAAAGUUAUAUACUGCAGUCAUACUAAACAUUUUAAAUAUACAAACAAGUUAAAAUUCUACUUAACAACUUUUUUAAAUUUUUCCAAAAUUGAGAAAAUAAAAUUACAAUUUAUGCAAAGGGAAAAAAUUGUAGAUACAGAAAUUUUGAAACUCUAUAUAAACAGAAAAACAAUCGAAAUGAAAAAUAUAUGGAAAAUAAAUAAUUAUCAAAUAGAUGGUCAUAAUAUUUUCCGUUUGAAUAAAUCUAAAUAUAUUGAUGAUUCUAUUAUCGAUUUUUUUAAUAAUUAUAUCUAUUCAUUUAUCCUUAAAAAUGAUCAAAAAAAAAAAAAUGAAAUUUAUAUUUUUAACACUUUCUUUUAUAAAAAAAUUGAAUUAUAUGAUGAUACUUCAAAAGCAUAUAUGAACACCAAUAGGUGGAUCCAGAAACUCGAGAAAAAAAUUUAUGAAUACACGUAUGUUUUUGUCCCCAUCAACAUAAAUAAUACACACUGGUCAUUGGUUCUCUUGUACUUUCCUUUUAACACAUCCCAGAAGGAUGAGCCAGCCUCAGCUAGCCAUCUACCCAACAAUGCAAUUAGUAGAAGCCAACCAAGCGACAGAAGCAAUGUAAUCCAACCUAGCGACAGAAGCAGUGCCAGCCAACCAAGCGACAGAAGCAAUGUAAUCCAACCUAGCGACAGAAGUAGUGCAAGCCAACCAAGCGAUGGAAUCAUCAAAAAUCUGCCAGGGAAGGAAAAAAACCAAUGCUCAGGCCAAACCGCACGCACUUACCAUUGUCCUAUAGAGGAAAUGCCACUUUCUGCAUACUGCAACAAAUAUUUCUUGGGAAUCAAAACAGUCACUUCUAACCAAGGCAAGAGAAAAAACGAGUUUUCAAAAAUUAGAUUUAUCGAAAACAGAUCAGAUAAAAAUUUUAGAAGCAAAUCCUGCGAUUCGUAUUUUUCCAAAAGGAAUUUGCUCCUCAAAUCUAACAGGCAAAAUAAUUGCACACUUGUGUUGAGGAAUUAUUUGCAUGCAAAUGACAAUAUGUCUGACCAUGGGGAACAAAAGAAAAGCCGUUUCUGCAACUUUGCGACAAGUUCGAGUGAUUCAGGAGAACGUGACAUGGUCUCAUUCUCCACAGAUGUUGCAAGCUAUGCAAACCGCAUAAACCUUGCAAACCACUCAAAUGAAGAAAAAUCUAACUUUUUGAAGAAUACAAGCAAAACGAGCUCUGACAAAACCUGUAAUGUUACCACAGACAACGACCAGCAUCACGAUAAAAACACAAAAAAAAUGAUAGAACAAGGGAAAAAAGAGAAUGUUAAAAUGGCUUACAUGAUAUACCUUGAUUCAUUAUUCCCCUCUGCGAAAGGCAAUAAGAUAUUGAAUAAACUGAAAAAGUACGUGGAACAUAUAUUCCUCCAUGAUCAUAUGGCUCACAUUUCAACUACCGCUACCUACACGAAUAACUCGAGUGACAUACCUAGAAUUUGCUUCAAGUUCAUAUAUCCAAACAUUACACCAAAACAAAAUAACACAUAUGAUUGUGGAAUAUACAUCAUCCAUUUCAUCCUACAUUUAUGUUUAAAUACACACUUAGUUGAAAAUGAACUAAUUAAGCCUUGUCGUGAACACACAAGGAAUAAAUGUGCUGACGAUAAACUUCGCUUUGGCCCGUACAACUAUACCUCUCAUAGCAACAGUAUCUACUCUAAGUCCUAUGAUAGAACCCCCACCCCAUGGUUCUCCCCAAGAGAUAUAAGCAUGAAGCGUAGACAAAUGAAAAAGAUGCUGUUAUACAUGAAGAACGUUAUAAACUGGAAGUCAGACAACCACAUCGAGGUCCUGAAUUUGCUAUUUAUGAUGAACAACAACAUCGAGAGUAAGAGAACGAAUCUAAGUUCCCCCUUGGUAUGA